AUGUUAUUACGAGCAGUGGAUGUCUUCGAUAUUUACGUUGAACCAUUUAUUCACACUGGUUUUCGUCUACCCAAUCAACCCUAUUCUUAUUACUGUCGUUCAUUAUUUUCUCUACAUAAUGAAACAUUAUCUGUGUGGAUACAUUUAAUCGGAACAUUUGUCCUUAUCGGACAAGUUUUUCAGCAGAUAUUUCAUUUUCCAUCAAGAACAAAUUCGAUUAUCCUUAGUAUUUAUGUUUUUUAUAAUUCUUUUGGUGCUUGUCUGAUGCUUCUAUGUUCUGCUCAAGCACAUUUACUUCAUUCGAGAACAUUAGUUGAUCAUUUACGUUCGUUUUAUUUGGAUUAUUUCGGAAUUAACUUCUAUGGAUUCACUUCCGGAAUAAUUCUUUACAAGUUUUCUUUUCAAAAACAUUUUCAUAUUAAAGAUCGAUCGACUGAUGAGACGCGGUAUUAUAUGACAUUGACUUUGUUUACAUUAUAUUCGUUAUCAAUGGCGUGUUUUUGUAAAAUAUUUUAUCAUCGGCCAUAUCCAUUUUCACAUAAAUGUUUACAGUGCUCAGGCGUUUUACUUGUUUAUCUCUAUCAGAUUUGGCCAAUCUUAAAAAUGUUAUUCUUGACAUAUGUUUUUCCUGAUGAGAGACAAGAGUUGAAUGAACACGGAGAAAAAGCGUUGUUUUGGCAUCUAUUACAGAUUGUUUCGUUUGUGUUAAGUGGCUUCAUUUUCGUUGGGAGAAUUCCUGAACGAUUCUACCCGGGUGGAUUCGAUUUGUUCGGUCAAUCUCAUCACGCUUUUCAUUUCACUAUUUUUCUCAUGAUUUAUUGUCAAUCCAAUGCGGUUUACCAAGAUAUUCUUUCUUCGUCUUCACAAAUGAUUGAACAUAAUCUAAUCAAAGAUCUGCUCUUUACCCUUUUAGUACUAAUUUUACAAUUAUUAACAAUUUGUUCGUGGUUUCGAAUCAGUCGACCGGCAAUUGAACGACGUUAUCAAGCGACUUUCGAUGAUUAA